GGGGCGGGACUCGGGGCGGAGCUGGAGCCCGCCUGAGCGGGGCAGCUGUUUUUGCCCCAGGGAAGGCAACGCUGGACGCUGGGAGGAGUGAGCCGAGCGCGUUCCGGCACCCGAUAGAAUCGCUGACACCGAGACUCCUUGCUUUGAGCCCCAAGAAAGAAGAGGAAAGCCGGGAAAGACAUUGACCACUGCCCGAUGCAAUUCCAAAGCCCCGGGUGUGAGGACGGACUGAGGAUAUAACCUUUGAAGCACGGGAGAGACACUCAUCCCUGUCCCUUCCUCUUUUCCUCCACCCCUCCCCCUGCUCAGGUGAAGUAACCCAGAACCGGGUCCGGGGACCCUCAAAGCCUUGCGCCCCGCCCCCUGCCGGCCCAUCAUGCGGGAAACUGCUGGCCGGGGAGGAGGACACGGAGGCGUAGGAGAGGGGGAGUGACUAGCCCCCACGAGAGUCGAGUCCAGUGGGUCCUCCAGUCUGGGUGUUCAAGCGAGUUCUCCUGGCUGAGCCGCUGCGCACACCUGCUGCCAUGUGCCGCCACUGGUUCCCGUUCCAUCGCUGCCUAACUUUGCAGUCUAGAAGAACCUCUCUGGGCCAGGCUUAGCUUUGAGCUUCCUUUCUUGGUUUUCAGAAAAGUGUCCCGGAUCUAGGACUGGGGCAGCUGGCUGAGGACAUUCCACGGUUCGAUCAGAUCACUGCUCCCGGAAUUGGAGCCACACUCCCAUCCCCGGAGCGGCGCCGGCGAGGAGCUGAAGCCCAGCCAGCGGCGCCGGAGCCGCUCCGUGGCAGCUUUUCUUGGGAGGGAUUUCAUAAAAGGGAAAGAAACCAACAGGUUGAAAACCUGAAGAAACCAGCCAUACUCGGAACUGAGAAAAGAGUCCCCGUUUCUGCUGCCAAUCUUGCUUCCUGAGGAGGGUAAAAGAGGAAGGGGCCGGAACUGGAGUGAAUUGGAAGGGGCGACAGAGAUGGCUCGCCCUGACCUGGACUCACCGUCUGGGCUGCCUGGGCCGCCGCCACGGCCGCUGCUGUUGCUGCUACUGCUACUCCUGGCGCAGCUGGCGGGGCGGGGAAAGGCCUCCUCCAAGGCUCUGGUGUGCCAGGAAAUCACGGUGCCCAUGUGCAGGGGCAUCGGCUACAAUUUGACGCACAUGCCCAACCAGUUCAAUCACGACACCCAGGACGAGGCUGGGCUGGAAGUGCACCAGUUCUGGCCUCUGGUGGAAAUCCAUUGCUCGCCGGACCUGCGCUUCUUCCUGUGCUCCAUGUACACGCCCAUCUGCCUGCCGGACUACCCCAAGCCCCUGCCUCCCUGCCGCUCUGUGUGCGAGCGGGCGAAGGCUGGCUGCUCCCCGCUCAUGCGCCAGUACGGCUUUGCCUGGCCGGAGCGCAUGAACUGUGACCGCCUCCCCGUGCUGGGGGACGCCGAGACCCUGUGCAUGGACUAUAACCGCAGCGAGUCCACUACGGCCCCACCAAGGGCCUUCCCCGGCAAACCGACAUUGGCUGCCCCGAGAGCCUCGGCGUCCUCUGGCGGGGAGUGCGGCACCUGCGAGUGUCGGGAGCCCUUCGUGCGCAUUCAGAAGGAGACUCACCCGCUCUUCAAUAAGGUGCGCACCGGAAGGGUGUUGAAUUGCGCUGUGCCCUGCUACCAGCCCUCCUUCAGCCCAGACGAGCGCACCUUCGCCACUUUCUGGAUUAGUUUAUGGUCCGUCCUCUGCUUCGUCUCCACCUCUACCACGGUGGCCACCUUCCUCAUCGACAUGGAGCGCUUUCGCUACCCGGAGCGCCCGAUCAUCUUCCUGUCUGCCUGCUACCUCUUUGUGUCCUUGGGCUUCCUUGUGCGCCUGGUUGUGGGCCAUGCUAGCGUGGCCUGCAACCGUGAGCACAACCACAUUCACUAUGAAACCACCGGGCCGGCGCUCUGCACCGUGGUCUUCCUGCUUGUCUACUUCUUCGGCAUGGCCAGCUCCAUCUGGUGGGUCAUCCUUUCCCUCACCUGGUUCCUGGCGGCCGGCAUGAAGUGGGGCAACGAGGCCAUCGCGAGCUACUCGCAGUACUUCCACCUGGCUGCCUGGCUCAUCCCCAGUGUCAAGUCCAUUGCCGUGCUGGCCCUGAGCGCUGUGGACGGUGACCCCGUGGCCGGCAUCUGCUACGUAGGCAACCAGAACCUGGACUAUCUGCGGGGCUUCGUGCUGGCCCCGCUCGUGGUCUACUUGCUCACGGGCACGCUGUUCCUGCUGGCGGGCUUCGUGUCCCUCUUCCGCAUCCGCAGCGUCAUCAAGCAGGGAGGCACCAAGACGGACAAGCUGGAGAAGCUGAUGAUCCGCAUCGGCCUUUUCACCGUGCUCUACACGGUGCCCGCCAGCAUCGUGGUGGCCUGCUACCUGUACGAGCAGCAUUCCCGGGAGAGCUGGGAACGGGCGCUCACCUGCCAGUGCCCCGCGGGGGAGCCGGGGCAGCCCCGGGCCAAGCCUGAGUACUGGGUGCUCAUGCUCAAGUACUUAAUGUGCCUGUUAGUGGGCAUCACCUCGGGGGUCUGGAUUUGGUCCGGGAAGACGGUGGAGUCGUGGAGGCGCUUCACCAGCCGCUGCUGCUGCCGCGGGCGGCGGGGCCACAAGUCGGGCGGGGCCACGGCCGCCCGGGACUACGCGGAGGCCAGCGCGGCCCUGACAGGUUGCAGGACCGGGGCUCCUUGCCCAAGCGCAGCCGCCUACCACAAGCAGGUGUCCCUGUCUCACGUGUAGCGGCCCCACCGCAGGCUGGAGGGGGAGGGGCGGGGGCUGCCGGAGGGUGGGGGGAGGGAGUUGUUUUGAACAACUGACUGGGGUAGCUUUUUAACAGGUCAUUUGUUUGACUUCAUGGUGCUGCUGCUGCUGCUGCUUCACUUCGGAAUUAGGAAGGAGGGAGAAGAGACGAUUUUGAGGUGGAACACUCGAUAGUCCCAGGACUUCUGAAGGGACUUUGUUUUUAAAUAUAAUUUUUAAAAAAUUUUCUCAUUUUCAAUCCUGUGUGGGUACAAGUUGCUUUUUGGCAACGAACCCUACCGUGGCUUUGGGGAGGAGGGGGGCUGGCUUUACAAUUCGGAGCCUGGGCAUUAGAAGGAAGUUAAACUCUCCUCAGUCUUAGGAACCUGUUUCUAGCCUGGCAGGCGUGCCCUGAAAAAGCACGAGGUUUGGUUUGUUGAAUGUGAACAGGGUUACGUUUGGGCACCCGACUGUGGGGCCAAGAGGCCGGCUCCAAGCCACCCCGCACAAAGCGUGCUUGUUUUGAAGGCUAUCUCCUGUUUGUUUUGGGUGCCUAGCUGUUCCUGCAAACCCGGGAAGUGGAAAUGUCACAGCGCUUAGGAACUUCAGCUUGGAGGGUCUUCCGGAGUGACGGGGCAACCGCAGGGAGGGGAGAUCGGAGCUUGUUUGGUGCAGCCGGUUCUCUAGGACUAGGAAGUCGGCUUCCCAAGGCCCAGGGGAGCCUUAGUGUUACAGGAACUUCUCUCUUCCACUGUCUGGGGAACACUUGGGACGUGGAAACUAGACCGGCUGCUCUGUCAUUUUCCAGCCUUGUGAAACCUGCUAGCCGUUGUGGGAGUGAACUAAGGGCGGCACUUUGUAAAAAGGGAAAUUUGCCCAGUGCCAGGAAAAGUUAAGUAAAUCGCCUACUUCUGGAAGUACUUAGUUUGGGGGUUGCCCCACACAGAUCCAUCGUGAUCUUCUUUAGUAUUUGGGGGAAGGGGUGGGAGAAAUCGUUUAAAAAUAUAUCUUGACUUUUUUUUGGCCACAACCAUUUAAACAAACACCUCCGCUGGCCCCUCACUUGAGUGCAUUACCAGAAUACUCUUUAACCCAGAGGAGGGACUUGGCCAGCAUAUUAACACUGACCCUAGUAGCUGAAGUCUUUUUUUUUUGGCCUCUCACGUUGACUUUAUGCUGUAAAUUGACCUUUUGGCUCUGCCUUAUUUCAUACGAGCCCCUGUAGUCUGUCCUUUCGAGGGUGCUACUGUUCUGUAGCACCUCAUUCUCCUCUCCCUUGUUCCCCAGAGAGCACUGGCAGUUUGGGGGCUAAGGAGCACACAUCUAUCUUCAGUGGCUUUAGAAAUUUAGAAACCACCUCUGUCCGGGAGUGAGAAGGGCAUAGCAAACCGGGAAAAAUAAAUGUCCAUCUUCUGUGACUGUCAUAGACUUCCUUUGUCUUACAGUAUUGCUUUUCUGUUCUCCCAGUAUUAGUCUAAAAGGUUUUGUCCGGUAAGAAGAGAUCAGGUAUAUAUACCUUGCAGAUGGGUCCCUUGGCAGUUUCAAAAGUCCACGUUUGCUAUCCCAAGGAGAUGAAAAGCCAUUAAGGUUAGUAAGCAGAAGGGGGGAAACUACUCUCAAUUUUUAAAAAAAAACAACCCUUACUUUCCUUCUUGGAGUCAAUACUGUGUAUUGGCUCCAAGGCAGAAGAGUGGUAAGGGCCAGGCAAUGGGGGUCAAGUGACUUGCCCAGAGUCACACAGCUAGGAAGUGGCUGAGGCCAGAUUUGAUCCUAGGACCUUCUGUCUCUAGGACUGGCUCUCAAUCCACUGAGCUACCCAGCUUCCCCCUCAAUUUUUUUUUUAAAACAAGUUGGAGCUAAACUUGAGCAAACAUAGGGAAUACCCAAGCAAUGAAAAUUUAUUCAAGUUCCCUAGGAAGCAAAUUCUUAAUGUGGGAGGCCUGUGCUUUUCAGGUAUUCUUUGCACUAACAUUAUAUAAACACAUUGGUUAAAGUAGAAAUGUAUGCUGGGGCAGAUUUUUCUUAGUCUCCAAGUACUGAAAAAUAUACCCUCUAACGGAAAGAGAUGUAGAUGAUAUUUGCCUCUAGAAAGGAGGCACAUUCUGAAAAUAUCUUUAGGAAAAUUGUAUAUGAUUUCUAGAUACCCUCCCAAGCCGUCCUCAGAAGUCAUGAAUUCUUUUCAUGAAAAAAAUUACAUUUUUUUGAAGCACCAAAGACUUCAUAUGAGUAGGACAGUGACUUGGUGCCAGCUUCCAAGUCAAGUCUCUCUAUAGGUGAUUUCUUAUUUGGGGAAGAGAUGAGAAUUAAAGGGCUUAGAACAGAACUUAGUUUUGAGCCAAGUGGACUAGACCUCUGAAUGGAAAAUCUGACCUCUGCCACAAGAAGGUAUUGGGUGGUGGGGAGAGAUGGUAUUCUAUAUUCUCUUCUUUAUUGGGGAGCCUAGUCUUGGGUUCUUCCAGCUGAAGAAUAUUUCCCAUUAGGGCCAAAACCCCUUUCCAUUCUUUUAACCUAGGAAGCUUUUCAAUGACCACAUUGUUGGAACUUCCUCCUUAUACCUGUUCUGUUUCUUUUCCACAGUAUAUCCAUUAGCUGGCACUUGAAAUUGCCUCCAAUUUGGGUUGGCCUUUAAAAAAAUCUGGGGAGUUUGCAAAAAUGCCAAAUGCAGGCAGGUCUGAUUUUUUUGUUUGUUUUUUUUUAGCUACAUUUUAUUAAAUGAAAACAGGCUAUCGCUGUAGAUGAGGGCAAAUUGUUUCCGAAGCCAGCAGUACUGAUAGGGUUAGAUUCCUCAUACUUGCACUUUGAUAGACAGGUCUAGUAUUGCUGCUGUUAGAUGAGUUCUCCUACCCCGGACCCCCCAAGCCACACAUCCUUAUGCUUUGUUAGCUGCCUUAAAAAUUGUUCGUUUUUUGUCUUUUUAAAAGAGAAACAACCUACAUGCCUUUCCCAAAUCUUGUGCUAUCUUGUCCCCAUGGCUACUUGGAUAAGAAUCAACCUUUCGCCUCCAUUCCUUGUGUCGCCAUCUAUCCAUCCCCCCAGCCCGUGCCCACCCACAAACUAGGCUGGCAGCCUCCUCUGCCUCGGGAGAUGGGGGGAGCCCAUCUCCACCAAGCAGCCUUCCUUUAUUUAGGUGUGAAGCAGGAUAAAUCAGAGACCUUGAUGCCAAAUGAGCUACCCUGAGAGGCAGAACUGUCACUCAGUGACCCAGCUAUUAAAUUAAGGUGACACGUUUUCAGGAAACCUGUUGAAAUACUUAUUCAUCCUGCAUCAUCACAGCUUGAAAUUGUCGGAAUUCCUGGAAGGUGCCUUCUUGGUUUGUCAUCUGUAUGAAGCUCUUUUCCCUUUCUGUGGAAUCUGUGAAUUAGUCACCUAACUGCUUCAGUAUCUGUAUUGGUGUUUUUAAGGUGCAAAACAGUUUACAAAGUGGACAUUCAUUACAAUACGCCCAGCUGGGGCUGCGUGAUUUGUAACACUGGCUGCCAGGGAAGAAAGCCGCCAGGCUCACUCGCAUAUAGGAUCUUAAUAACAGUUCUGGAAGGAAUGAGGCAGAAAGGGAGAAUCCGUUUGACACAAUCUGAAUCAAUGUGAUCAUCAGGACUGAUCAAGUCUGGGCAGGAGGGCUGAGGCAGAGGCCUGGACACUUUCCUGAUCUUGGCUGGCCCUUUCUCAUUUUCAGACAACCUGGGAAUGGCAACUGGCCUGCUCCAAAAGAAGGAAGUCGAAAAUCAAGUUCACAGGAAGCAGGGGUACCUGGGCUGGAGGGGGGUGUCCAACAGCUAGCAAGGAAUAGGAUAGGGGGUGCCACUAGUUUGGAUCCAUUUCAACCAACAGUGUAUGGUACGUCUUUUGAGACAGAUGUUACAAAUGAUGUAAAUGUAAUUUUGUUUUGUGGUUGUGUGUAUAUAUAAAUACAUAUAUACAUAAUAUAAAUAUAUAUUAUAUAUAUGAGAGAUUUAGAGACCUUUGAUACGGGUUUGGUGCAGGUGAAUUAAUUACUGAGCCAAAUGAGGCAAACACUGAGUCAGUAGUUAGUUGAGUCCAGGGCAUUAAGUAAUUUCUAUAAUAGCUACAUAAUUUGUUUAGUGCCUAUUUCAUGCAAUACGGUAAUACUAUCCUGACAAAUCAAAUCUAACUGAUUAGGGGGACCGCUUGUCUCUGGCAGUGAUAGUGCUACGUUGCAGACAAUCACUUGGAUCUGUAAGUUAAUGUGAUUAUAAUUCUGAAUCCAUAGAGUUCAAGGAAUGGUUAUUUUGUGCCCUGUAUUCAGUAGACAAAAUUGUUUUAUGUUAUGUUUAGUCUCCAGAUACUUAAAUUGCUGAAUUUUGUUACUUAAAAAUUUUUUUUGUAUGUAUAUUUGUGAAAAGGUAAAAUCAUCUGAGAUUUUAUUAAAAUUAUGGAGAUUAGUUAUUUAUGAGAAAACAAAAAGUCUUAUUUUUUCUUUGUUCCUGAUUAAUGUAGAUCAAAAUAAAAAUAUUAAA